AUGUUUUAUUUUGGCAUGAUCUUGUUCCUAAUUUCUCAUUUAAAGCGAUUUGCCCGUGCUCAACACAAACUUAAACUUUUCAUCUCUACAGAAUCAUGUCACCCUGUAACAAUCAACGUUCCAUCAAAAAUCCCCAAACGAUCCUACGUCUCGGCAAGGAACGACGCCGCCGCCAUCUUGCAAACCAUACGAAUACAACAAGAGCUCAGCAAUGGCCAGAUCCCCGCCCAAUUCAACGGCAUCGCUGGAGGUCGUACGCCCGAUGACGACUCCCUGGUCGACAACCAAAGCUCAAGAGACUUCUAUGACACACCAAGCUCAACAUCCGGGUCCCGUGAGGAUAUCACCAGGAAGAACUCAACCAGUCGAGUGUUUGACCGCAUUAUUCAAGAGGCCUCCCGUCUACCAAGUCAUAUCAGCCAUAAAGUAUCUAAGAAGAUAUCAGCACCGGAAAUGCAAGAUAUCCCAGAAGGCAUCGCUUCUUCUGCUUCAAAUGGGCACGGACAUGUUAAGAAGACGUUCAGAUGGAAGACAAAGAGAGCUGUAAGUGUACCAACGCGCCCUAAGCUGGUUGCUACGUCAGGUCCUCAGUCUCCCAUCUCAUCGUCCUCAGAAGGUCAAAGAAACCGUUCAGCUUCCGCAGAUAACCUUUUAAAACCAGAACCAAUUGGAACACUUCAUAUACAAUUAUGUCAUAAAACGCAAGAUGAGCAACUCAUAGUUUCUAUUUGCAGGGCAGAAGAAUUAGAAAUCACCGAUAAGCCUUAUGCAUCUGAGCCUUGUGUUAAUCCAUACGUCUAUAUUCGAGGUUGUAUUUUACCGGGUCAGAGGAAAAGAUUCAAAUCAAAGAAUUCGCAGCAAUUGCAGAAUCCGGUCUGGAAUGAAGAAUUUAUACUCCAAGACAUCUCCUUUUCAGCCGUUUGGCAGCUUACGUUGCGUUUCUCCUUGGUGUACCGGGCUGGCCCAGGUAGCCGGCCUGUCAUGGCUGGCUUCUGUAGUCUACCACUCCGGGACCUGGAACUCCACCAGCCUAUAGACAAGACCCUCUAUGUUAUACAGUCCAGUAGUCAAGCGUCUCCGAUGGGUGACAUCCACCUGUCAGUGUGUUACCAGCCCGACUCUUACCGCAUAGUUUUCCUCGUUUAUGGGGCUCGAGAUUUACCACGGAGCACCAUCAUAGGAACAUUACACUCAUGUACGCGGAUUGAGAUGCUAUACAACGACUGGCGAGUUUCGAAACAAAAGACGCAUCUGGUCCGAGAGACGCACGAUCCUUCAUGGAACGACCAACUAGUUUUCACUCUUCCCGAGGGUAAUAGCAGACUUCAGGGAGUAACAUUCGUUGUUUCGCUUGUCCAUAGAGACGUCGUUAAAGGGGGACAUGUCGUCGGAAGGGUUGAACUCGGCUGGUCAUCGACGUGUGAAGAGUUAGAACAUUGGGUAGACAUCAUGAACAAUCCAAACCGACCUAUCGCUUCUUGGUUAGCAUUACAGAGUCCGGAUUGAACCGGUUGAUCCGACCAUGAAGAAUGGGACCGGUUUCUUGAGACCGUCAAAAACUCUUGGGCACACAACAGA